UCUCCCACCAGACCGUAGACCGAGAUACUGUACGGACUGUCUUGACGAACCCCCCCGACUUUCAGAACCGAAAACCGUCGAGAUUAGUGAACAGCAACCUACAAGAACGGAAGACUUGAUUCUCGCUGGAGCCGUGAUAUAUACUGUUAAUUCAUACCCUGGACGAACGGGUUUGUAAUUGUUUGUGCCAUUUGACAUCGUUAUCUUGCUUGCUAAUUACCUUUCGAAUUAUUCCGUAUCAGGGACGAGAAGACUCGGUUCGGGUCGGACUCUUGCAUGUCUUUGAACACAGAAGCGGUUCGCAUAGCGUCUUAUACAGAGGAAGACCCCAUUGCUGCAGACCUGAGGUCAACUACACCUAAGGAAUGUUGUGUUAAAGAAACACAUAUGCAGGUGGAUCCCACUCCAAUGAAUGUAGGGGAUGGAGGCACAGUGAGCAGAGAGAUCAGUGCUCCGAUUAAAGCAUCUGCUAGCAUGGUGGGAAAUCCCCCCCAGACGCUGCCCCCUGAGCUCAGAGGAGAUGUGCCCCUCAGUCAGCAAAACAAGACCAGCACAGCAACAGACUGUAAACUGCCAGUCAACGUCUGUUCAGACCCUAGCAACUUCACCCAUUGCCCAGUGGUCCCUCCCCCUCAAGAACACAACAAUGCUCCAACGUCAGGCCCUCCCAUCAUUAGCUCUGACAAGAGAGCAAACAAGAGGUCAGAGGUCCCCAAACCCAAGGAUGAUGGUCCUAGGGUCUUUCCCACACAUCAGUGGCCGUGUGGUACAAAGAACGGCCCUGAGGACCCAGUUAACCCAAGCCACAGUGGUGUGACGUCCAAUAAGAAACCACAUGUUCAGACCCAGUCAGUGAUUAGUCUUCCCGCUGGGUUUCAACGCUCAACACUGUUUAAACCAGGCCAGCCUGUUACUUUUCUUCCCUCCACUAACUUUUCAUCUCCACUCUGCAAAAUCACUCUUCCACCCGCAUUGGGUCAGAUCGCAGCAUUGAGAGAAGCCACAGCCAGCCAGUUUCAGAAGGGGAGUCAACCACUAAGCACAGCUGCUGGUGUUGCGCCACUGCUGCAGACUUAUCCAUAUCACUUCUCAGUGGGUCAAUGUCCAGCACCUCAAAAGAAAACACCCAACUCAACACCCAAAGUCAAAUGUAACUCGAUGUCCAGUAGCAAGAGCUCCAAAGCUGGGAGGGAGCAUAAAUCCACUAUCGCCUCAGUGGUGGCCUCUCCCAGUAUCGCGCUCCCAAUACAGCACCCAGCAUUAGGCUCUGCCGUACCAACUCGCUUCACGUUGUCUCCCUCCGCUGCCAUCUGCUGUGGCCCUGCACUGGCCAGCAUCACCACUCAGGGCAGGCUGCUGAACUAUGUGGAGAAAGACCUUACGCACCACAGUGCAGACAAGACAUCCGUAGGCUUUCUAAAACUGAAGGCUCCAUCUGCUGCUGAUGACCAUGCAGUUGCAUGCCCGACUGAAGCAAGAGAUGUGCCCCUCGACCUGUCUGCCAAGUCGAAGCGUCCAAAAACGGUCAAAGACUCUCCGAACACGGUUGCCACCACAGAGCAUCUCCAUAACAAGGCACGUCAGAAAGUUUCGCUCCAUCCAAAGAGGCCCCAUACUGCCAUGUAUGGCUCUGCCGCGCCAUACCCCAUCCUACCCAACACCCACCGAAAUGGGGCUCUAAAGCAGGCUAGUAGGCCCCUAACUCAUCAGGGUUUGGAACCCAACUCAUCCUGGGUCAAAGGUUCCUCUCAAGGUCCCAUUAAUAACCUCCCAGGAACCUAUGUAGGUGUGGCCAGCCCCAUACUUGCUUCCACCCUGCGUAGCAAAGAUGGGAAGGGGUCCUUUGAGGACGAGUUCCAGACUUUCGCUAGACAGGAGACUAUCUCUAUCAUUGACCAAGGGGAACACCUGGCCUCAAGGGGAAAGAAGGCAUCAUUCAUGACUAAGGGCAACCAGCACGUAUAUGGUAUCAAGCACCCUAACAGUACCAGCCCAGCUGUAACAAAAAACUGUCCCUCUAAGGGGGCUUUCGCCACAGCUCUGCCCGGCUCUGCCAACUCACACUCUCAUCAGAAAUCUGGAAGUGUCAAAGCAGCAAUCCCAUACUCCCUCACUGUCCUCAAGCCGUUAUGGCAGCGACCAGCACUUCUUCCUCACCAAGGUGCUUCUGUUCAGAGAAAGGUUAUUCAAGGGACUCCCAAGGUCAAGGGGGGCACAGGUUCAGAUGGUCCCAAAUUUCAGGGUGCCCAUCAAAGCCCGUCCAGAAUGGAAGCCGAAAAGUGGGACAGAACCAAGUCCCCCCUGUCCAACCUUGAGUCCAUAGUGAAGCAGAAAGCUCUAGAGACCACUGCAUUGACUAGCGAGGGAUACUGCCAUCUAGCACCUGUGGCAUCCAGAAAGCCUGAAGUGGUGAGCUCCCACACUGCGGGCCAGGACAUAUUGUUACAUCAGACUGCUGCUUUUGGAUGCCCACCUAUCAGAUCUGUGGAGAACAACGAGACACUUUCCUUUCAAGGGGAUUCCACACAAGUUAUGAACAAACUUGAGAAAAUGAGUGUCUCUGAGUCCAAAGAAAAGAGUACUGAGAAACAUAUUAAACUGGGGGAGCAGGCAGGUCACAAAGAGAUACAGGUCUCUGCAAACAGCACCAGCCACACCCAUGCCUUUAGAAGCGGCGGUUCAGCUAACAGAAACAGGAUGGACAGCAAAUUGGCCCAUGAGUUGGAGGGAGGAACGGUGAAGGAGGAGAGUAUGGCCCCUGCUGGUCUCGCUCCCCGUGCUAAAUUGGAGGGGAUUGCCCUAUCCAUCCUCACUGGGCAGUGUGCAGGGGUAGCCGAAGUGGAGAAGACAAAUGGAAUUAAAGAGGAGUUUCCCACCAAAGCGAAAGCUGCCAUCAGCAAACAGAAGAAGCCCCCUAGUCCAAGGAAGCCGGCAAAGGAGAAGGCUUCACCGGACCAUUCAAAGAAGGCUGCGGCGCCAGUGAAGAAAAAGCAAGACCAGGAAGCCACUCCAGUUAAGAAAGAACCAAGUCCCAAAAAGAAACCAUGUAUACCUGUACUGGAGCACAGUCUGUCGCUGGUGGAACCAUCCCCACACAGGGAUGAGGGGGAGAACACUCGGAAGGAGAAGAGCAGCCCAACUGAUAACAAGCAGGCUGACAGACCAGGUAGCGUGAGCAGUCCUCUCCUCAGUCCCCAGAGAUUUGAGACCCCAGUCUCCCUCAGCAGCCCUGGCAGACCCAGUAAGGAGCCAGCGUCCUCCGAGAGCUCCACCUCCAGGCUGAGGAGGGGCCGGCGGAGGGCUGAUGAUGCUCGGCUGGACGACUGGGGCUUCGCUACUCCCUCUCCUCCAACUCCUCCUCCUCCCCCUACAUACCCACCCCUCCAGCCUGCCCGCCGGCCCAGGGGCAGACCGCGCACCAACCCCCUGCCUGAGAAGGCUGAACAGUGCAAGGCCAGGCCCGUCCCCAGCACUGAGGGAGACACCCCGAAACGCAAGAAACGGAACCGCUGCCGGAACAGGAAGUACCAGAAUGGGGAGUAUAUCACGGAGAAGGACAAGGAUGGAGACGGAGAGGGGGAGGAAAGAUCUGUCCUCACCAGGCAGGGUACUCGAUCAGAUUUGAGGACUGGCAUGUACCCACGCCUCAGUGCCACUCUGACCUGUCGUGGCGCCAGCCCAGAGCCUGGUCACAGGAGGCCCUCGUUCACCCGCUCAGGGUCGGUGCGGCGCCCGGAGAGAGAGGCCUCCCCAGAGCCCAGCGACAAGCCCUCUGGGAAGAGGAAGUUCAAGAGCAAGCACUUGAGUGACACAGACGAGCCCAAGAAGCUCAAGACCAAGCGUUCCAGCUUGGGCAAACGCCCUACCUCUGUGGCAACGGAUGAUGACAUCCCCAACGCUAAGAAACCGGCAGGCCUCCCGGCCACCCCUAAGGGGCCGACCUCCCCUCCAGCCAGUAAGAAAGGGAGAGGAGGGGCACCAGAGUCUCCUCCUAGCAGACCUGUUCCUCCAGAGGUUCGCCGGCUCAUUGUCAACAAGAACGCCGGGGAAACUCUGCUACAAAGAGCCGCCCGAUUGGGCUACCAGGAUGUGGUGCACUAUUGUCUGGAGAAGGAUGUGCGGGAGGUCAAUCGGCGUGACAACGCAGGUUACACAGCUCUCCACGAGGCCUGCUCUCGAGGCUGGAGCCAUAUCGUCCAGGUGCUGCUGAAGUACGGCGCCGACGUCAACUGCAGCGCCCAGGACGGAACACGGCCCAUCCAUGACGCGGUAGCCAGUGAUAAUCUACCUGUGGUGUGGAUGCUGCUGAACCACGGGGCAGACCCCACCCUGGCCACCUACUCUGGGCAGACAGUGGUCAAACUGGCCCAGAGCCCCAGCAUGAAGACCUUCCUCAAAGAAUACUUCACAGACCUGGAGGGGAGAAGUGACCAGGACCCCAGCCUGCCAUGGGAAUUCUACAGCAGCUCUGUGUUUGAGACUGGCCAGGAGGCAUGCUGGGACUUCCUGCUCUCGCAGUGGGAGGAGGAGAGAGAGGGGAGUAAGGAGAGAGACUCCGAUGGGGACUGUCUCCUGUUUGAAUUUUCCUCAGAGCCCCUCUUAGCCUGCUUCCAUGUCCAAGUGUCGUUAACCCAGGGCUUUUGCAAUUGGUUCCUGUUGAUGGAUGUUCUGAAGCGGCUGAAGAUGUCGUCCCGGAUAUUCCGGGCGCGGUACCCGCACUUGGAGGUGGUGAGCCUGGCACGGACAGAGCUGUGGAGGCAGGUGUCGGUCAGCCAGGUGAGCACAGCCUCUGCACAGCCUCAGGAAGAGGAGGAGGAUGAGGGGGAGGGGGAGGGGCUGGUGGAACUGGUCCGCUGUGUACCGGAGCUACAGGGACUGCUGGGCUCCUCCAUUCACAUCCUACAGGAGGACGAGGGGGAGGAGGAAGGGGACAGAACGGAUACAGCCACUCCCUGCAGCCGGUAGCCCACCCUCCUCUCGCUCUCAGCCCCUCACACAUCCAAACUGUUCCUCUACACGUCCCCAGUGUCUCAACCUAACCUCCCCGCGAGCAGCAGAUCAAAGUAAACAAUGUCUGGAGGUGCCGUCGUAACGGUGGUUGUGGCCAAACUCUGGCUACGCCACUGGGAAGAACACACCUCACUAAUGACCUGGGACCUCCACAUUGAGGUGAAAUGGGGGUCACGACAGCGCCACCUCGUGGAUGGGUGCUCAGUGCUGGAGGGCAGCUUUCAGGUUCCAAUCUGUAGGUAUAUUUCAGAAUCGAAGAAAAAUUUCUGAAACUUUUUUAUGAUUCUAUAUGUUUAUGUUAAUAUAUGUAUAUCUUGCCACCAGGGUGAACACAUUUUGUUGUAAUGUAUUCGUGUGGCAAGGGGUGGAUUAUGUUUUAGGAUUUCUUUGGUGUGUGGUUUUGUUCUGUUUGUUCCUGAGGGAAAGCGAAUAUUUUUGGGUGGGAGAUAAUCCAAGGCUUUUAUUUUGGUGAACUCUUGCGUGCAGCUAAGAAGCUUACGGCCAGGCCAGGCCAGCCAACAGUGGCAGGAAAGCCCUGGGGCCAGAUGGUCCCUCCGUUAACCUGGGAGACCCAGAGACCCACAGAGAACAGACGGACACACACAUCUUCCCAGCUAACAGAACCAUAGUGAUCUAGAAUCAUGUGGAUAACUUUCAGUAACUGAGAAGAAGUGCCACAUGGUAUCUAGAGUCCAGGGUCCUCUGGUUAACCUUCACUUUGCUGCAUAAGACUGACUCAUGGGAGGGAUUGGAUAGGUAUCCUUUUACUGCUCCUUGCUCAUCACACCUCCGUCCUCCUCAUUGCGCUACAGACGGACUCCAACGUGCUUUGUGGCGCGUGUGUUUUAUUUACACUGUUUGUGCUUAAUUUAAUAGUCAUUAAUAUAUUUGAAAAAGUUGCUUUGUAUGGUUGGUGCUUCAUUUGAAAUGUACAAUUACGGAUUCCUUUAUCCUUCCCGAGAUUUUUGUUUUUUCCCUUAUUGCAAACAGUAUUUUAACAAGCAAAAGUACAGUUUUAUUGUACUGGUGCUAAGCUAGAAUUUGUGUUGACAAUCAAUGAAGUUUUUGUUUGAAGUUAAAACCAAUAAAUUAUAUUUAAUUAAGGUGAAGUGACAGAAAUGUAAAGAGAGAGUAUAGUUUCAUUACCUAUGAUGGAGGAAGUGGAAUACAUCUAGUCUGGAGAAGAGGACAAUAAUGUACUGCUUGUGUGAGUGCUGUUAAAACAGAUUAACCUUUUAUUUGAUUCUUUUUUAUGAAAUCAACCAGAAUAAAGCAUGAUUGUGAA